AGCCGUGGAGUAUCUAUAGCCAUAUGUAUAAGAAAGAAAAAGCGUAUUUGCUUGUUUGUUUUCCAGCCUUCCCAUAGAAUAGUUCUAAAAGCAGAAGUAUCUUUCACAAUGGAAAAAAAAAUGACAAAAACAUCCUCAUAUUUAUCAAAAUUUUCUUAGAUGUUUUUCAGGGUAUCGUUAAGGCCUGCCAGGCUCCUCCCCUUUCUCCCCCUGUCUUACCCCAAAUGCUUCCAUUUUUGGCUAAAAAAUCUCAAGUUUAGGAUUUUUUUGACCAACAACGUCAGCCAAAACCCAAGCUCUUUUCUCUAAUUUUUCCACUUAAUUUUUAAACUGUCUUCUGGCAAAACAGAAAUAUUGUUUUGAUGGAAAAUUUUCAACCAGCUCUGCUUAUUACUUUCUGCCAACAGUCAUACAGGCAAAACAGUGCAUCUUCCAAGAGACGAGACUGUCCGAAGGGCCGAACGCAAGGCAGGUGAUGACUAACGCUUCUCUCCCCAGUAUGUGUCCCAGCCAGCACUGUGCUCUUUUGCAGGCUUCAGCCCUUAAUGAGAGCCAUCUUUCUAGAGAUGUUUCCAGCCUAAAUGUCUCUUGGCAAGUCAGCUCAGUAAUUCAGGUACUUUGCCAGGUUAAAGGAAGAUGUGGGUGGCACAGAAGGAUCUCUGACCGAAGAACCGUGAGACUCAGAGGAGCCAUGUUGUGCAUCUCUUAUCAGCGUUGACUAAUACUUGGAGCCCUCCAGGCAAGGACCAGUUGGCAGGGAAGGAUGGGGAGAUGGGGCUAGUCCAGCUCACUUCCAAAGCAAGCUUCAGUGUGCUGUUGUUUAGUGGAGAUGUUUAGAUAUGCCAGCAGCUGAGCCCUGCACAGCCAUGAGUAGUCUCCAUGUAACCCUGAGGACCUCCAGGGACAAGAUCUUAAAGCGGCUGACAGUCUGAAAUGAGACCGGUCACAUCACUGCUGUGUAUCUCUUACCCAUCCGUCCAUGGGGAAGGGGCUUCUCACACUGAAUCUGGAGUGCGAAUUCAAGGGGAGCCCAACUCCUCUCGCUUCCUGGUUUCCUGUGAAGAAUGGGGAGACAAAGAAGGACUAUGUUCUUGCAGAGCAGGGCAGAAGCCGAAUUUCAGUUUUUGGCCGCUGCAGCCAAAGGAGCAUCUGCCUGUUGGCUACAUGGGCGGUGUCCUCAGGGGAUAGCCAUCCCUCAGCAGUCCCUAAUAUUUGCAGAGUGCUCCGAGAUCUUUCAGUGAAAGACCUUUUAGAUGUGCAAAAGUUUAUAGCCCUUCUCUGACCAUUGCUGAUUUUAGAAGGUUAAGUUAGGAACAGGAAAUACAGUGACUAAAGGAAAGCCAUUAAUAUUAAAUUCUACCCUUUGCCAGAUAGUCCUGUGUUAUCUUUGCUCUUUCAUGAAAUAUUUUCUAGUUUUCCUUGCAGGGCAUUCUUCAUGGGGGUAGCAACUGAGGAGCUGUAACUUGGCACAUCUCCACCUGCUUUUCUGUAGCAGUCCACAUUUGUGCUCUGGGAUUUGAAGAAUUUCCUUUGCCUCUAGAAUUGAUAUGCAAACAGUCAGCUGUACAGACAUCAAUCUGUCCAGUAGACAUGCUGUGUGACCCAAGAAAUAAUACAGGUGGUCAGCACCAUGCUGGUGACUCCUGAAUUUCUGGAGCAAACAGACUCAUUUUACUAUGUCUAGAAGACAGGAGGUCCUGUAUACACCCUCCAGUAAUGUAAUCUACUGUGCUUGACUGAUCACAAAACACCCACCAAGACAUCCCUAACAAAAUUCUUUAUUUUUGCCAAGAAAAGCAAAGAUUUGCAGGAAAUGAGAGCCGUGACCUUGCCACCUCACAAAUAGCUUGGAGAUCUCAAGAUGCUCAUCUCAGCAGAGAGAUGCUCAUGCCAGAGCAAACGCAGAGCCCUGUGUGGUCACUGCACAGCUCUUCCAGCGUCCCUUUCUUUAUCUCCUCGUCAACUGUGUUGUGAAAAAAGCAGAAAUGGGCCAACUCAGUCUUCUUCUGCCUGUUUGCUGUGUUGCUGCCAGAAACACUUUGAGGAAAAGACUGGCUGCAUGGUUUAUGCCUGCCAUAUUGUUCCAUCACUGGAGCUCCUGGACAUCUGCACUCACAAAAUCAUCCCCUCUAUUGUGGAUCCUGGACAGUGCAAGCAAAUGGCAUAAAGAAAUAGCACAGGGCUGGGACAGUGGUUUGAAUCAGCUCUGAAAUUAACUCUGAGUGGUACAAGAGUGCCUGAAGAAAUUGUAAAGAUGGUCCAGGGAUGGGCUUCCCUGCUUCACACCUUCACACCAACAUGAACUAUUGGGAAUCUUGAUAUUUUAAGCACCCCUUUUUCUCUCAUCUCCUCUCUUUCAAGCACUUUCUCCUCCUGGCUAGCCAUAGCUUGUGUUCUCUGGCCACCUGGGACUUCAUCUUGCUCCUUAUACAUUUCCACAAAGAGUACCUGGUGGGAGCGGCUUUCUGCACUCCAGGAGGCAGCACAGGGUCCUGGCACGGCUUCCCCAGGAUCCUGGUAAAGACCAAGCAUCAUGGCCAACAUUCUCCUGUGCACCCACGUGCCAUGCUGACAAUCUCCUCACAGGCAUGAGGAGCCAACUUCUCAUGGAGGAGACCCUGGUGAAUCUCCCUUCUUGCAUCCAGGCCUUCAAAGUUUUCCCUGCAAGGUGCUGGUAUAAAAGAUGAGGCUGAAUGAGAACCAGACAAGAUCCUUCCAGGCUCCUGUCACCAUCCAUAACUACCCGGGCAGGCAGGUGUACGUGUUUCCCAACGGCCGAUCUGAUUCAGAAGAGUCAUCAGAGGAGGAGCUCAACGUUACCGAAUUGCGACCGAGGGGCAAGGAGCAGCAGCGAUGCAGCACUUCUCGGGACAGAGUUGGAGAUGUGGUACUUCUGGAACGAGAGAUUACAAAGGAUGAUAAUCUUAACAAGCUAGCCCUGCAGUAUGGAUGUAAAGUUGCAGAUAUCAAACGCGUCAACAACUUCAUCCGGGAGCAGGACUUGUACGCCCUGAAGUCCAUCAAGAUCCCCGUGAAGCCCCACGGGCUGUUAACGGAGAACGGCAGGGAACUAAAGCUGCUCCCGCCUGCGCCCUCCCAGACCGGCCUGACGCUCGUGGACUUACCGGAACCCGAGGAGGGGGCGAGCAGCCCUGCCGACGGCAGGCACCUCAGCGACUACUUCAGGGGGAUAGACAAGAACAUCCAGGACGCGGUGCAGGCAGAGGUCCAGCUCGACGCGGAGUAUUGCCUGGAGGCGCUGGAGAGGCCGCUGCCCGAGUCAGGGAAGCAGGAGACCAGCAACGGUGCGGACUGUGGAAUCCAGUGGUGGAACGCCGUUUUUAUUAUGCUCCUGAUAGGAAUUGUCCUGCCGGUAUUUUAUAUCAUCUAUUUUAAAACACAAGGCCUGGUGGCCCAUACCUCCAAUGCAACGCUCACCUCAAAUAUUUCAACAGAUGGAUUGGAAGGGAAAUUACCACAAAGCUCAGUUGUAGAAAAAAAGUCCUAAGGGGGUAAAGCCGCCAAAUGCAGCCUCUCCUCCCAGCACUGAAGCCCAUACGCCAGUGACUGACUCAAGUGUGUUCAGGGGGAUAACAAUAUAGAUUAUUUUUAUUUUUUUAAGUAGCUGCUGUUGUAAUCCUGAACUUGACAAAGUGAGGUGAUACGAUUUUUAUGGAAAAAUAAGGAUGCUUUGUUGCUUACCAGGAUUGUCAGGCAGCUGGCUUAACAUUUGUGAACGCUGUUGAGGGAGAAUAUUUUGUAGCAAUUUACCCAUCUUGGUUCCUUCAGGUAUUUCUUAAUGCCUUGUAAGAAGGGAAUCCUUUGCUGCUGAGAUAGAGUACAGUAUUAAUGUGAUCGGAAAGUUGGGGGUUGUUUGCAUUUUAAGAAAACACUUUGGCUUAGAAUGGAAGCAGGGACUCCUCUUUUUCUCUGAACUGUCAUUUUUAUCUCUCAGAGACCAUGGCACUUUUGGCAUACUUAGCCCUAAAGCGAUGACUUUGAGUGUGUUAGGUUAGGUGCGCCGCGGCACGAGCCCGCUGACAGCACCUCACCAGUUCAGCUUUCUGAGCACAGGUUUAAGCUGUGUUGCUUAGGCUGCUUCAAGCCCACCACAGGGAAGGGUGAGCCCAGGCCUUCUGGCCCGGGUGAAUCCUUUGGAGACUUCCCUCGGCAGCUGGUGUCUCUGCAGGCGCAGCUCCGUGCGCUCGCGGUCAGCGUGGCCCCGGAGCACUGGAGGAGGACACGAGGGUGGCGUUAGGCCUGUGGUACGUGGUGUGCGCUCAGUGCUUGGGGAGAGAGGUCUAGCCAGUAUUACUUUAAAAACAAACAGAAAAAAAAAAAAAAUCCAUAAUGGGGCAACUCAAACACCCAGUUUUAGUCAUGGACUUGAGUUUCCUUGGGUGUAGUCGCCAAGUGAGAGCAUUCAUUCCCAAGUUGCAUUUAAUUUGCAAGGUCCAGGAAAGCCGCCCUGCGUUACCUUGGGCACGUGAAGAAGGCUAAAGCCUUUAAAGGAUGGCGACUUGGAAGCUGCUGAGCGUUAAACGUGUCUGUGAGCUGCUGACGCUGGUAUUUAAAAGCUUUUGUGUAGGCAAGACCAGCAAAGCUUCGGGGGCUGGUGGUGGCCCGAGCUGCGGGUGAGCCCGAGGUCAGAGCUGUGCGGGACGCGUCAGUACCAGCUGCGUGCUGGACGUGAGCGUAAGAUGAGGCAUGGGGGAGCUUUGCUGCAGAGAAGGCCAUGCCUCAAAAAUAUAAUUCAGCGGCUUCAGACGCUGCGGGCAGAGAGGAAAACGCGCCUCUAGAACUAAACACUAAGGUAUUUUGCAGCACCGGUACGUGAAACCCACCGGGGCUGGGGUAGCGUGGGAGAGCAGGAGCAGCCAGGGGCGCGGGGCCGGCUGCGGCCCCGUGAGGGUCCUGCGGGGCUGAAGCCGCUGCCCGGCCUCCCCCUCCGGCUGGGCACGGGCGCAGGGCCGAGCCGCGGUGGCGGGGCAGGGGCCGGGCAGCCCCCCAGCACCCCCGAGGUGGGUGAUGCUGGCCCUGCCGCGCAUCGACGGGCGAGUUGCUGCUUUGGGUUUUUUUGGAAAGCUGCGGCGGCCCAGCGCUGCAGGCGGGGUGGGGGAGCGGGACCGCGGCCCCCGCCAGGUGAGCGGCACCCUGUGGUGGUGCACCAACCUGUGGUUCCUGCAAGCGUCAGAAAACGUGCUCAGGAAAGCAUGAGAGAACCUGGUUUUGUAACAGAGGACUCUAAAGUAUCUUAUAUUGAAAAAAAAACCCCAACCUUGUAUUUUCCUUCUGUGAAGGAAAUGUAUCUCUUUGUUCUAUGGGAGGGGGGUUUUAGUACAUUUUUAAAUAAAGCAAAAUGAAAUAAAAGCACAAGGGGCACCACCCA